CGCCUGGCCUCGCCGUUUUCUCAUCGAUUGCUACAGAAACUUUCGAAACUUCUACGGCGCGUUGACAUUCUUCAGGAAAUUUUGCAGGAAAAAUGUGUUAGAAAAACGGUGCUAAAGCUUGAUAAUUUAUGCGAUAAUUGUGGUACCAGUAGUAAGGUGAUCGAAAAAAGUAUUUUGGCAUUGUUUGAGGACCUAAAUCUAACCAAAAUCGGCUUGAAAAAGUGCUACUGCGUGAAAAUCUGCAAAGGGUAGUUUUCGGCAUAAGGAGGCGUGCAAAGAAGACGGCAAGAGUCGGAAGAAGAAACACUUCGUCGAGUUUACAGAAUCUGUAAUCGGAUCAGCAAAAAUACCGUUCUUCGAGUGUUGCUACUGGUGCCUAGAGGAAGGCAAUAUUAUUUAGGAUUUUUUAUGUGAUUAUUGUAUGCGUAGAAAGGCAUAAUCAAUGGAACGACCAACCGCCGAAGCAGUUUUGCAAAGCGUCUUCACACUGUACAACAAUCCCAAUAAGCAGGAGAAAGAGGCAGCCUCCAAGUGGUUGGAAGAGUUUCAGAAAUCAAUUCAUUCCUGGGAAAUUGCGGAUCAACUCUUACAAAGGAAACAUGACCUCAAUUCGUGUACAUUUGCGGCACAGACGAUGCGAAACAAGAUCCAGAACAGCUUUCAUGAACUACCUGAAUCUUCUCACGAAUCCUUAAGGCAAAGUUUGCUGGAACACAUAAGUCACAUUACGCUGGAAACGAAACCGGUAAUAGUAACUCAGCUGUCUUUGGCGUUAGCCGAUCUAGUUCUGCUUAUGUCAUCAUGGCGCAAACCUGUGGUCACAUUACUGGAACGUUUCUCGAGCAAUCCAAACAUGAUGUACGCGGUCAUCGAACUACUCACGUUGAUUCCGGAAGAAAUCAACUCACGAUAUUUACGGCUUGGUGCCAACCGGAGGAAGGACGUCUUAACUGAGUUGGAAAACGAUUCAAAUCUAGUCGGUGAUUACCUGCUAAUGUGUUUGAUGAACUGCAAUGAAAAUGAAUUGCUGCAAAUGAAGAUUUUAAAGUGUUUCACCUCAUGGGUGAAUAUUAAUGCCUUUAAGUUGUCACAGAUUGGUGACAACAUGAUAAUAGCGUACUGUUUUCAACUAUUGACGAACACCAACGCCAAACCAGAAAUUCAUGACGCUGCCACCGAUUGCCUGUGUGGUCUGCUUCAGUGCUUGGAAAUGAAUAACAACGGAGAUGGAUUGGACGUUAAGUUGUUCAAUGGAAUUCUGAGCUUGGACGAAGCUUACAACAUUUCAGUUGCACAAGAAGACUUGGAUAAGUCGAUGAACCUUUGCCGUCUCUUCACCGUACUGGUUGAAAGUAAUCUCGUGAGAAUGGUAGCCGGUUCCGAGGCAGCAACGCCACAUUAUUCAAUCAAAGCUUUGGAACUGGUCCUGAUAUGCGUUGGACAUUACGAUUUUGAGGUAGCCGAAAUUACCUUUAAUAUGUGGUAUCGACUGAGUGAAGAUCUCUACCAGAGAAACAAUGAAGCUCUGACAGCUCAUUUCAAGCCGUACGUGGAGCGACUGAUUGCUGCUCUGUAUAAGCACUGUCAAAUGGAAGCCGAUCAUGAGGGGUUGAUUGAGGAAGGCGACACGUUCAAGGAGUUCCGGUUUAAAGUGUCCGAGAUUAUUAAAGACGUAAUUUUCAUAGUUAGCUCGAUAAGCUGCUUCAAGCAGAUGUUCCUGAUUCUGCAGAGUCCGAAUGUGACGUGGGAAUCCAGUGAAGCGGCGCUGUUUAUAAUGGAAAAUGUGGCGCGGAAUAUUCUACCAGAGAUAAUGCAAUUGGGAGAACGCGACAUACCGGCGUCCAGAUUCAAUCAGCUUUGCGAGGAAAGUGAGGUUGUACCGAAGGUGGUGGAGGCGAUACUAAAUCUCCCCUCCAACUGCCACAUAGCAAUCCGAUACACGUCGAUCAACAUCUUGGGUGAGCUGUGCGAUUGGAUUGAUGCGAAUCCCGAAACGCUGCAACCAAUUUUGAACUUUCUACUGUGUGCACUGCAGCAAAAGAACGGUUUGGCAACGGCAGCUGCGAAUGCGUUGCAGUCGAUAUGUUCCGCAUGUAAGAAGCACAUGUUGGGUCACAUAAGUGGUCUCAUGGAAAUAGCACGUUGUUUAGACGGAUUCGAAAUCCUAACUGAAUCCGCCAUAGGUCUACUUAAGGGAAUAUCGAUCAUCAUCGGACGAUUACCGUCGGACCAGCUUACACCUGCUAUGCAAGAGCUUUGUGGCUUUCAAGUACGUGCCCUGAGCCAGCUUACCAGCGGAGAAGACGAUGGACUUGGACUGAAAAAAGACCGUCACGAUCCCGUGUUUUGGGUAGAUCGUUUGGCGUCAAUUUACCGGCAUGUGAACCCGACGGUCAGCGAAAAUGAGGUAAACCCUUGCGUUUUUGUGAUCGUUAGCAAUUGGAAUGUGUUAUCCCGAGCUAUGGAGUGCUACAAAAACGAUCCCAAAAUUAUGGAGCGAAUCGUUCGAUGUAUUCGGUAUGCCAUACGUUGCGUCGGAAAGCAGGCUAUGCCAAUAUUGGAACCACUAGUGAAACAAAUAAUUACCAUCUACUCAGGGCACAAUCACAGCUGCUUGCUAUAUCUAGGAAGUAUUUUGGUUGACGAAUUUGCUUGUGAACCAAGCUGUAUUCAGGGACUACUGAAUAUGCUGCAAGCUUUCAUUGAACCUACUUUCCAAGUACUGCAGGUGGAAAAUGGUCUGAAGAACCACCCAGAUAUGGUGGACGAUUUCUUCCGACUGGUAGCACGUUUCAUUCAACGAUCACCGUUCCAGCUUCUGCAAAGUCCUCUUGUGACUCCGAUCAUCCAGUGCGGGUUACUUGCUUGUACUUUAGAUCAUCGAGAUGCCAAUCUUUCGGUGAUGCGAUUUUUCUGCAGUCUACUCAGCUACGGUCGCCACGAUCGUGCCAACGAACUCCGUUCAAUCGUUCACAGCAUUCUGAUGCAACACGGUGAAGCUCUGAUAAUGAAUCUGCUAUACGCGUCCGUGUUCUGUUUGCACUCGUACAUGCUAUCCGAUGUAGCAGACGUGUUUGUUGAAAUAAAGCAACUGAACCCUCAUCAGUUAGAAGGCUACGUCCAGAAAGCGGUUGAUGCAUUGCCGAAGACGAAUAGCGGCGGGUGCAUUACGGUGACCAACGAACAGAUGAUCGAAUUCGUUGUGAACAUUGUCAAGUCGGAAACGCCAAGGGCAGUAACACAAGCGUUGCAAGAAUUUGCACGGUUAUACCGAUAAAAACCCUGAAACCACAAGUAGCCAUCCUAUUGUGCGAAAAUGUCUGAUUGUUGCGUGAGAUGUGCGAGUGCGAGCUUGAUGUUGUACGUUAUUCAAUUACCUUGUACAUACAGUAGUACUAAUACACGUGUAGUAGUCGUAUUUCUUCCUAAAGUAGGAACCGUAAUGUAAGAAGAUAAAUAAGUGUACAUGGAUCAUGGUCAGCAUGAAGCAGUUGAAUACACACACGAUAAAAUGCGUGGAACGAUUCAAAGUGAUCGUUAUAGAAAAAGGUUUAAAAUAUAGAAGAGAAAUAUUGAAUACGAUUGACUAAGAUUGUAGUAAGCAACAUUUAAUAAAAAUUUAACUAAUGACGAA